AUGGCUGAUAAGGCUUACACUCAUUUUGAAUUUGACCCUAUCUGGAAGCUUUGUUACGACAAAAUUUUCAGACCAGAAAGGUUCGAGCUUGUUAAAGAGCUAUCAGAAUUGGACAUAGACUCAGACAACUUUGAGCGAAUGGAAGUAAAACAAAAAAUGAUGGAAAGAUUUGAGAAUCUUCAUACUUUUCCAGAGAAUUCUAAGGAGAUCUUUAAAAAUGAGCUAAAGAACGAAUCAAUGGCUGAUGUGCUAGAAAAUGCAUAUUUCGUGCAGCAAUAUAACUUAGUCACUAAAGUUGCUAUACUUAAGCUCUGAUUGCCCCCAACAGUAAUCAUGUUUACUACAAGAUUAAUUUACCCAGCUUUGUUUAAAAGAAGAAUGAAACCAUUUUUCGGUUUAAUCUCAUUUGGAUGAGGAGCUUUAUCAAUAUAUAUCUUAUAUGUAAACAAGGUAUAUAUGGAACCAAUGAGGCAGAAUUUACUUCUCAAAUACAGUAAAGAACUAAAAGUAUACGAUCCGAAUAUCAAGCUUCCCCAAAAAAAACUUGCUGAUCCAAAGGAAGAUUAGAAUUC